AUGGCGGCCAUCCUAGAUGCUAUGGCACCCUACGUGAGGAAGCUGAUAGCAGACAUGGCCACAGAAGAGGUGGCCAUAUUGCUGGGUGUGUCGGGCGAGAUUGACAAGCUCAAAGAUAACAUGGAGACCAUCAACUGCUUCCUUGCCGAUGCUGAGAGGAGGCGCAUCACUGAACAGAUCGUGCAGCGAUGGGUGAGGAAGCUCAAGGACGCCAUGUACGAUGCCACUGACAUUCUUGACCUUUGUCAACUUCAAGCUGACAAGCACAAGGAAUCUAAAUGUGGCAGCAUGGAGGAGAAGGCUUCGGGUUGCUUGCAGCCAUUGCUCUUCUGCUUGCGAAAUCCCUUGUUUGCACACAAGAUAGGCUGCCGCAUCAAGAAGCUCAACCAGCAGCUAGAAGGCAUCUACAAGGAAGCGGACAACUACAAGUUCAAUAUCAGCAUCGGUUCCAAUCCAGAGCCGCGGAGGCUAACUGCUGCUGAGUUAUCCAUCUACAAGACAAGUUCACACUUCGACGAGUCUUCCAUAGUUGGGGAACAAAUAGAGAGGGACACAAAGGAGCUCGUCCAGGUUCUAACCAGAGAUGACAAGAAUCAUGACAUCAAAGUUGUCUCUAUUAUUGGCAUGGGUGGUAUGGGAAAGACCACCCUCGCCCAGAAGAUUUUCAAUGAGGCAACCAUCCAAGUGCACUUCAAAACGAAGAUAUGGUUAAACAUCAACAAGCAGUUCCAUGAGGCUGAGCUACUAAGGACAGCAAUCCAGCAUGCUGGGGGAAACCAUGGUGGGGAGCAAGACAAGCGCACUCUCACAGACACCCUCAUCAACACCCUAUCUAAUAACGGCAGGUUUCUCAUGGUGAUGGAUGAUGUGUGGAGCCAGAGAGCAUGGAACGACGUGCUUAGUGUCGCAGUUAGAAUUGCCAGCAAGAAACAACCAGGAAGUCAGAUCCUAGUCACCACAAGAUUUGUACACCUACCACAGCAGAUGCGAGCCGCGCUGCACCAACACCGUGUCAGGCCUCUAGGCAAUGAUGAUGCCUGGUCCUUGCUCAAGAAACAGCUGCAGCCUGAUCAGGUAGAUGGAAUUGAUCAACUGAAAACUAUUGGGAUGGAAAUUCUUGAAAACUGUGAUGGCUUACCACUUGCAAUUAAAGUGAUUGGAGGUCUCUUGAGCACAAGAUACCCAAGUGAGCAUGAGUGGAAAUCUGUUUUGAACAAGCCAGCUUGGUCACUGACCGGACUGCCUCCAGAACUGGACAACCGACUAUACUUGAGCUACGAGGAUUUGUCACCCCAGAUAAAGCAAUGCUUUCUGUACUGCUCACUAUUUCCUAAAGGUAAAGAAAUCAUUGGAGAUGUAGUAACUCGAAUGUGGAUUAGUGAAGGAUUUAUCCAACCUUUGGAUGGUAGUAGUAUUAUUUCACAUGAGUAUGGGUUCGAAGAGAUGGCAAUUGAGUACUACCGAGAGUUAAUAAAGAGGAAUCUUAUACAACCUACAAAAGGAUAUGGUCUCACUGGAAACCGGUGCACCAUGCACGAUGUGGUCCGCACCUUUGCUGAAUACAUGGCAAGAGAAGAAUCACUAGUGGUGGUGGUUGGUAGAGAACAGGCUGCUACUGGUAUGCAUGUCCGUCGCCUCUCCAUAGAACAGACCGUAUCAGUACUGGAUUGGGGCAUUUUGCAAAGGCGAGAGUCACUUAGGACAUUAAUUAUAAAUUCUAGAGUAAGCUUUCAUCUUCCUGGUGACUCGCUGAGUAGUUUCUCUAGCCUGCGGGUACUGUACAUAUGGUCUGCUGAUUCUAAUAGAUUGGUUCCCUCUCUAUCUAUGUUGAAGCACUUAAGAUACCUUCACUUGAAGGAAACUGAUAUAUCUUGGCUACCAGAUGAUAUCCAGAAGAUGAAAUUUCUACUGUACAUUUCACUUGGUAACUGUAAGAAGCUAUGCUAUCUUCCUGGCAGCAUCAUAAAACUUGUGCAUCUAAGAUCUCUUGACAUCGAUGGAUCAAAUGUUAGUGUCAUUCCUAAGGGGUUUGGUGAGUUAACAAAUCUGAGGUCACUUUAUGGCUUCCCAGUACAUGUGGACAUGGAUGCAAGCAAUAGCUGGUGCAGUUUGCAAGAGCUGGAGCCUCUCUCUCUGCUUAGAAAGCUUACACUAUAUGGCCUAGAGAAGGUGCAUGACAGCUGGAUGGUUGAAAAGGCCAUGAUUAGCAGCAAGUGCCACCUUGGGUAUCUAGAACUGAACUACAGUGCAAGUGGACAUACUAUAGGGACAGGCGGUGGUGAGGCAGAGCAACAACAGCAACAGAGCGUGACCAAGGAAGUCUUGGAAAAGCUCUGCCCUCCAACCUGCCUGGAGAGUUUUAUUUUGAAAGGGGGAUACGUUGGUCGCCAGCUACCAUACUGGAUGUGUGCUCCAGCGUCGGCGGACCUUAAGAGCCUAAGGUAUUUGUGGCUGGAGAACCUGCCUUGCUGCACCCAGCUCCCUGAUGGUCUAUGCUGCCUCCCAAGUUUGGAAUUGCUGACCAUCAUAGACGCGCCAGCCAUCAAGCAUAUUGGCCCCCAGUUCCAAGCGUCAUCCUCCUUGGCAGCUAGAGGUUCCGAUGCUAGUACAUCUGCACCGUUUCCAAAACUGAGAAAUCUGCAAUUGGUUGGGCUAUGUGAGUGGGAAGAGUGGGAAUGGAACGACUGCCUCGCCAGCAGCAAGAGGCAUGCUCUGAGAGAACUAAACCUGUACAAGCUCACCAACCUGACACAUGUGGAGAACAUCCCUUCAGUUGUGGAACUUGACGUGUUUGACUGCCCUGAGCUGAAGAGGAUCAGCGGACUCCCCAUGUUGCAGAAGAUUAGGAUUGUUCGCUGCACAAAGCUGGAGGUUCUAGAAGGUGUCGCAGCACUCGACAGCCUUGGACUGCACAACACCACCAUGGACACGCUUCCAGAAUACAUGCGAGCUGUAAACCCAAGGUAUCUCGAGUUGGUUUGCAACAAGAAGCUAUACGAAUCCUCCUCAUCUCCAGGUAGCUCCGAAUGGGACAAGAUCAGCCACAUUGGAAAGCACAAGAUUGCCUGCCUCGAAGAUUGA